AUGGAAACAACCGUCUGUACACCUAGGCUGAAGCUCACGCUUAUCACUACUGCCAAAAGAGGCAGUCCAGAACUCGAGUGGCUACAUGAAAUGCGUAGUGAUGCACAGACAACGUUUUGGAGCAUCUAUGGUCAAGCCAAAUCCCUUGAAGACACCGAAAGAUUUGCAAAAGCGUGCCUACCCGAGGCUCCAGAGGAAGGAGGUGGAAAGCCCAAAUCGUACCGAGUCGUUUACGCGGUGCACGAAAUCCUUCAGAAAUUAGUCACUGACACGCAACCCGAUGUUUCUCACGCAGAAAAACCACCACGUUUCGUCGGUCUCGUGACAGUUCGCUCGUUGGGGGGCCCAAACGAACUCACCCUUCCACCGCAGUAUACUCCAGCUUCCACUCAUGAUCCCACAACGCUAUCCAUCGAACUUGCAUACCAGUUCCUGCCUAUAUCUUGGGGCCAUGGCAUCGCCACAGAAGCUGUAAGCACAGUUCUCAAUGUCCUCAAGCGUGCGACAGCGUUUUGGCAACCAUUCAAGAGGGUGUAUAUCCGAGCUAUUGUGAACGAAGAAAACCCAGCUAGCCUAGGGGUUAUGAGGAAGCUAGGGUUGCAGAAUAUGGGUGUCUGGGAAUGGACCGGUGAGGCUAUUUGGUUAGGCGGCAAAUGGACGGAUAGGAGCCGAAUAUGGAUAUUUGGCAAGAAUCUGAUAGAAUAA